AACUCUGACCGGUCAGCUUCAUUUUAGCGCUAUUUUGUGUUUAUUUUCUUUAAAUACAGUAAAAUGCCGUAUGCCAAUCAACCAUCCGUGCAAAUAACCGAGCUGACGGACGACAAUGUGAAGUUUGUGCUCGAAGACACCGAAUUGAGCGUAGCGAACAGUCUGCGACGCGUUUUCAUAGCCGAAACGCCAACGCUAGCCAUUGACUGGGUGCAACUGGAGGCGAAUUCUACAGUUCUAUCAGAUGAGUUCCUAGCCCAUCGCAUUGGUCUUAUCCCAUUAAUAUCCGACGAUGUGGUGGAGCGUUUGCAGUACACUCGCGACUGUAUCUGCCUUGAUUUCUGUCCCGAGUGCAGCGUCGAAUUUACGCUCGAUGUCAAGUGCAACGAGGAGCAAACGCGACACGUGACAACGGCUGAUCUUAAGUCGAGCAAUGCGAAGGUGUUGCCCGUGACGUCGCGUAAUCAGGGCGAGGAGGACAACGAAUAUGGCGAGAGCACCGAUGAGAUACUCAUAAUUAAGCUACGCAAGGGUCAGGAGUUGAAGCUGCGCGCUUACGCAAAGAAGGGAUUUGGCAAGGAGCACGCCAAAUGGAAUCCUACAGCGGGCGUGUGCUUCGAGUACGAUCCAGAUAAUUCAAUGCGUCAUACGCUGUACCCGAAGCCCGAUGAGUGGCCAAAGAGCGAGCACACCGAACUGGAGGACGAUCAAUACGAGGCGCCCUACAACUGGGAGGCCAAACCGAACAAGUUCUUCUUCAAUGUGGAAUCUUCGGGUGCGUUGAAGCCUGAGAAUAUUGUCAUCAUGGGCGUCCAGGUGUUGAAGAACAAGCUCUCCAAUCUACAGACACAGCUCAGUCACGAAUCGCAGAACGAUGCGCUUGCAGUUUAGA